ACGAAUGCCGAUGCCCGAUGAACGGUCUGUUUAAGAUCUACCGUUGAACCUGUAUCCCCCGUAGAAGACGAGAAGAAACCUCGAGCAUCGAUAGACAUGGCCACAGCGACGCUCUCGCCGCCCUCGGUGACCCCGCCGACAUACCACCGGAUCGUCUCGCCGACUUUGACCAUCCCCUCGGACCCGCUCAAGCCGAUCCCGGUCGGGCUCCUCGCGUGCCAGCGCGACCCCCUCCUACGCGAGCUCACAACGACCGCCGUGAGCUGCCGCGAGUCCCCAGCGGCGGCCCCACCUUCCAACGGACGGGAGAACAAGAAGAAGAAGAAGGCUGCCCCCGCGCCGACGGCACCGCUGCUCGAGAUCAUACUGCAUGAUACCAUUAUCUUUCCCGAGGGCGGGGGACAGCCCUCCGACGUCGGGAUCCUGACGAGCUCUGAUGGGGAGCUGUGGGACGUCAUCGAGGCGCAGCGGCAUGGCGGCCAUGCCGUCCACUACGUCCGCUUGAAGCCUGAACAGAAGGUCGAGCAUGCUCUGCAGAUAUUCGCCCCUGGCGCCCUGGUCGGUGUCGCUUUGGGGGAAGAGGGCUACAAACGUAGGCUAGAUCACGCAUGCAUGCACACGUCUCAACAUCUGCUCUCCGCCGUGCUUGAGAACAAGCUUAACCUCCCCACGCUCGCGUGGUCGCUCACUGCAUGGCCGACCCCGUCAUACGUCGAGCUCCCACGAGGCAUGAGCCCGGAAGAGAUCGCUUCUGCGCAGGAAGAAUGCAACAGGCUCGUAUUUGAGGGCCUGAGUGUCCACGUCGAGGUCGAGGAGCUGCACGAUGACAACAAGCAAUACGACACGCCAAGCGUCGGCAUCCCAGACGACUACACCGGCGGCGUGAAGCGAACAGUCGUGAUUGACGGCGUCGACCGAAACCCAUGCUGUGGGACGCACGCCCCGACGAUCCACAACCUCCAGCUCUUCAUCCUCCCCCAGAUCGAGACCCUCGCGCGGUCCUCCACCUCCUCCGCCCGGGUCUACUUCCUCGCCGGGCCGCGGCUCAUCGCGCACCUCACCUCGUCGCACACCCUCCUCGCGAGCACGGCGGCGAUCAUGAGCUGCGGCGCGCCGCAGGUGCCCGAGCGUGUGCAGCAGAUCGUCGACGAGCGCAGGAAGGCGACCAAGCGCGUCGAGGACCUCGAGGCGGAGCUCGCCGCGUCCGUCGCGGAACGCCUCCUCUCCUCCGUGGCCCGUAAGGCUGAGGGCGAGAACGAAGGUGGCUCGUUGGUGCUGCACGAGCACAGGACGGACGACUCCGUGAACGCGCUUGCGUUCUUGUCGGCCAUCACGCAAGCGUUUGCGAACAAGAUCGGGGAAAGGGAGAAGAGCGGGGAGAAGGCACCGCGAUUCUUGCUUGUGCUAUCUUCGUCGCCGUCUGCGCAGACGAGUGCGAGCACUACCGUCGUGCUUAUCUUCGGGUCGGAUGACAAGAAGGCGAAGGAGGUCGGGGACGAGCUGAAGGGUAAGCUGAACGUCAAGGGUGGCGGCAAGGGCACGCGGUGGAGUGGGAAGUUUACCGGGGUGUGGAAGGACGGUCGGGAGGGCGCGGUGGUGGCAAGCAUUAUCGACUCCGUGAGGAUGUGAUGAGGCGGAUGAUGGAGAUAGGCAUUGAAUAAUUACUGUUGUGCUAUGCGCUAUAGAUCAUAACCCGAACGAACAUCAGGAAAAUACACAUGUCUAUACUACAACAAACCAAAGUGCAUGCACGAAGGGAUGAUUAUGUGAUGCGAAUCCAGAAUAUGCGGCCUAUUACUUCGGCGCAGUGGACCUAUGCCGGGGAGCUUGGAUGCUUCCGGAGCUCUCUCCUCUGUCGCUAUACACCGCCGCAUCGUCGGUCUCCGGCAACUCUCCGCUCAUGGUCAGACCCUCCACCUCCGAGAGGCUGUCGGACGCGCCGUCGCUCAGUCCCCAAUUCUCAUCCUCCAUCCUGACAUUUGCCGCCUCUUCUUCCCACAGAUCAUCUUCGUCAGCAUCCAUCUCUGCCUCGGCACCCACAGAGAUGCUAUCCUCGAUGUCCAUGUCGUCAAAGACAGAGUCAGUCUCCAUGAAGCCGUCCGAGUCGAAGAACCCGUCAUCCUCAUCAUCUUCCUCGUCGUCGCCCGGAACGUAGUCGCCGUCAGAGGACUCGUUGUCCGAGUCUGACGGAGGCUUGAGGCUGGAGAAGAUGCGCCUGCACGACGGGCAGCUGCCGUGCCUUCCGCGGAUCCAUUCCACCAAACAAGCUUUGCAGAAGAUGUGUCCGCAACCGACCAGCUUGGUGACCCCAGCCAGGUCGUCGGAGUCAGGGGCGGGGUCCCCUCCGAGCUCUUCCCGCGUCUUGCCAUCCAGGAUUGAAUCAAAGGGGUUGAGGCAUAUGGGACAUGGGUCGUCAGUGGGUAUCUGCUCCUUUGUAAGGGAAGGUAAUCGAGAAAUGGCGAGCUGUAUGCGCUCUUGGACGGUGAGAUGGGCCUCGGCAAUGUCCAUGGCUCUUGUACGCUCGGGCGUUCCAAGGGAUGUCGUAAGCAACAGAGUAUGUUGUGAAGCAGAGUAUAGACUGUAGCACCGCUCAAAAGUGCGUCAUGAAC